AUGGGCAUAAUUAUUCCUAGAAUUUAUGUUCUUGUUUCUCUCUUAUUCUUAAUUAAUGUUUCUUCAUCCCAAACCUCAAACAAAACAGAUCUCCAAGCUGCCAUUGAAGACAUGAAGGCCCAAUCCUUUUAUGGCUUUGCCAUCCUUCUCCAAAUGCUCAACAUCACUACUCAGUUAACCCUAAAAGAAAUCACCUUCUUCAUCCCACAAGACUCUCAGCUCUCCAAUAUCUCCAUCGCUGUCAACCAUCUCGAGGCAUUCGUGCUCAGCCAUUUGAUUGUCAUGCCGCUUCAAUUCAGUGAUUUGAUUCGAUUUCCGACAGGUUCCAUUGUUCCUUCGGGUUACCAUAAUAGGAUGAUCAGAAUCCAUAACAAUGGAAGAGGCCAUUUUGUUGUGAAUAAUGCUGUAGUCAAUGUUCCUAAUGUUUGUUCCAGUUCUUUGGGUAUUAAGUGCCAUGGGGUUAAUAAGGUCAUAAACUAUGGUGGAGUUACUUAUGGUAAUCUUAAUAAUUAA